GUCUGACUUGUCUCUCCCUCCGUCCUGCGUUGAAUCGCCCUUUUGGAUUAGGAAAGAGACGGUGAAUGCUUUUUUUUUGUGUGGAGGUUUUGAGUUUCGAUUGUGAUAAUGUCUGGGGGUGCUUUGUAUAAGACGAAGCUUUGUAUUGUGUACACGAAGAGUGGUAACUGCUCGAAGCCUAAUUGCACUUUUGCUCAUGGAGUUUCUGAGCUCCGUCGUCCUGCUGAAUCUUCUUCCUUCACAGGCAGACGUCACAAUUUAGACGGUGACUUAAGAGAAAAACUUGGUAGACAGUUUUCUCCAGAGCGGAGACCUUCUUUGGACAGAAGUGGAAGGAGAGUACAAAGGUUUAAUGGACAUGAAAAUCCCAGGUCCUUUGAGAAGCGAAGAGAUGUAGACUACAGGGAGAACCGAAGAUAUGAUGAACGAAGUGAUUAUUCUGGUGGUUUGAAAGCUGGAAGUAGGAUUGAAGUUAGGGAAAGAGAUGAAAGAAAUAAGUUUCUUGGUUACAAUAAUGUUCUGGAAGAGCAGUUAAAAGAUGUAAAGAUUGAUGUUAAGAUGCUAACUGAUGACAAAUUACGAUUGGAGGCUACUGUUGAAAGGAAAGCAAGGGAAGUAGACAUUCUUACCUCUAGGAUCCAGGAGCUUGGGACCCAGUUGGAUAGACAGAAAGAGGAAUUUAAAAGCAUUACUUCAAGCUCGAAGAAAUUUGUGAAAGAAUGUAAUCGUUUCUUGCGUGCAAAAGAUGAAGUAAAGAGGUCAGAAGCUCGUCUUCAGAAGUUGUGUUCCCAACUUAGUACGUAUUUUCUUGGAAAUGAAGGCAAUGACAGUGAAACAGAUAUCGUAAGCGAUGAAGAGAAAAAUGGUCGGAAUCUGAGAACUGCUUCGUAUUUGCAAAAUGAGCUGCAGAAUACUUCUCCGUUAUCCAGGAAAAGGCAUCAUAUGGAACAGUAUACUGCCAAAGCGUCUGUUAAAGAUGCCUUGAUAGGAAGACGUGAAGAAGAUAGGUUGGAGAAUGUGAAGAGUUCUUCGCGUUGGAAUACGGGACCUUCAAAAUCAUUUUCCGAAGAGGAGAGUAGAGGGCGGAACGAGGAAGACACAAUGAACAAGUCUUCAUCAAAGGAAGACGCUCGGAAAAGAAGAAGGCUUUCUUCUGGCACCUCAUCUAGCAAUAAGGUAAUGUCGUAUAUGAGCAUGGCAACUCGGGAAUCUGGUGAAGUAGCAGAAUUUGAUGAAGAAAAUACUCGAGCAGCCAAAGGCUCUCCUCUCAUAUCUCUUCCUCCACCCCCACCUUUCAGAGAUGCCCAUUUUAAAGGAGACGAGGAGAAGGCAAACGUCGACGUGAUUGAACAAAGCAAAGCCAAUGACGUUGAUUCCGUUUGAUCUUUUUCACUGAACGAACCCAUAACCUCAAAACUUCUUAGACAGAAAGUCGGUUCUUUAAGUUAAUAUAUAUGCUAGGGAAGCUUUACAUUUUGUUCUGUGGAAUACUUAACAAAGUUUAGAACUGGUACAUGACUAUCUUUAUAUAUAUAUUGAAUAUUCGUUAAUGGAGGAGGGAUUAUUAAGUCUUUAAGCCCC